UCGUGGACAGGACCACUCUCAAGCUGGUCUGCGCUGCCUCUUAGUGAUUAGUGAGCGUUUACAUCCCCCUCUCUUUGCAUGUUCUGGCCGUGACAAACACAUGUGGAGCUAUUCAGAUGGAGAAUGCAACCACGCAUCAGCUCUCGAGCUCAUCGCUUACCUCAGCCACUCGGCCGGGCGGAACUUUGUCAAGCGGGCUCUCUAUUCUUCAGCUUGUUCCGAGCGCUCUCCUCCUGUGGUGCUCCGGCUGGUGCUGCGGAAGGGGGCGUCCAUCAGAGCUGCUCUUUCGGGGUGGCUGUGUCGCGGUGAUUUUAGAAACAGGCUAUUGGCGGCAUACUGUGAGUAUCUCCGCUACGACCUGCCGGUCCAAGUGAGCAUUGCCGUCAAGACCGCCAUCCUGCACACACGCGCCCUGACGAGCACAAAACUUCCGGAUGGCGUCACUGACAUCAUCGCGGCCCUCAUCGGCGUGAGUAGGGUCUCCAUCCCUAUCGGCGAGCAGCGCGUCAGUAACCGCAUCAACGACCUCGUCAACGGUUAUGUGUCCUCAGCCUACGAGUGCAUUCGGCAGACCGGUGGCAGCCUGGAGGGGAUGGGAGGGCGUCUUGACGACCUGAUGCAGCAGGUGCGCGAGGCAACCAAAGUUGAGUGUUGUCGGUUUUGCCCUUGGCCAUAUAUAUGAAUGAAUGAAUGAAUGAAUGGCUUACGGGGACCCAGCCAGGGGCAGGCAAGGAACGAUUGUGGUAGGGAGGCUUUCUGUACGUACUUUGUGGCUUGGCAUCAUGAAUGAUGGGAACGCGUAUUCAUGGCUACAUCAACGUCUGGCAGGGAUGGAUCGAUGGUUGCUUAAUGUGCCUUUUCUUGUAUAUAGUAGCUAGUGGCAGGUAGAGGCUCACACGUGCGUGUGCAUGCGUGUGCACCGAAACGUCGACACACCCAUCGCGUGGAUGAGAUCGGCGUGUGCAUCUUGUUGGAGGUUGUUGACUUCGUCCAUCAACGAAGGAGAUGUUUAUGUCGGUCAUUGUUGUGAUUGUUCGAUGUCGAUCGUCAGCCUUUUGUCAGUUGACGUCAAGACUGCUUCUCC